AUGGAGGAACUUGGAAUUAAGUCCGUCAGCGCAUCAGAGGCCAACAAGGGCAAGGAUGCCGUUGGCGCCGCAGAACAGGCAGACAACCAGGGACCUUUCGCCCACCUGGCCUCAAACGACCUCUACACUCGCUACAAAAACCUCCAGCGUCACUUGGAGUUUUUGCAUCUUCAAGAGGAAUAUAUCAAGGAUGAACAAAAGAACCUGAAGCGCGAACUGAUCCGUGCUCAAGAGGAAGUCAAGAGGAUUCAAUCAGUCCCGUUGGUUAUCGGUCAGUUCCUGGAGCCUAUUGAUCAGCAUACCGGUAUCGUCUCGUCAACCACUGGAGCCCAGCAUGUUGUCCGGAUCCUCUCAACAAUCGAUCGUGAGUUGCUCAAGCCCUCGUGCUCUGUGGCACUUCAUCGCCACUCCAAUGCCUUGGUCGAUGUUCUUCCCCCCAACGCUGAUUCAAGCGUCGAGAUGGUCGGAGCUGAUGAGAGGCCCGAUGUGACCUACGCAGAUGUCGGAGGAUUAGAUAUGCAGAAGCAGGAGAUCAGGGAGGCUGUUGAGCUGCCAUUGACCCAUUUCGACUUGUAUCGCCAGAUCGGUAUCGACCCCCCACGCGGAGUCUUGCUCUAUGGACCCCCCGGAACCGGAAAGACCAUGUUAGUCAAGGCCGUCGCUCACCACACCUCGGCUUCAUUCUUCCGUAUGGUCGGUUCAGAGUUUGUGCAAAAGUACUUGGGAGAGGGCCCCAGGAUGGUUCGUGAUGCGUUCAGGAUGGCCCGCGAGAACUCACCCGCAAUCAUCUUUAUCGAUGAGGUCGAUGCUAUUGCGACCAAGCGUUUCGAUGCUCAGACAGGUGCCGAUCGUGAGGUUCAACGUGUUCUGUUGGAGUUGCUGAACCAGAUGGAUGGUUUCGACCAGGGCUCGAACGUCAAGGUCAUCAUGGCCACUAACCGUGCCGACACAUUGGAUCCUGCCAUCUUGCGUCCCGGUCGUCUGGAUCGUAAGAUCGAGUUCCCUACCCCCGACCGUCGUCAGAAGCGUCUCAUCUUUGCCACCGUCACCUCCAAGAUGAACCUCUCCGACGAAGUAGACCUCGAAGACUUUGUGUCUCGACCUGACAAGCUUUCUGGAGCAGAAAUUGCUGCUAUCUGUCAAGAGGCUGGUAUGCACGCUGUCCGCAAAAACAGAUAUGUUAUCUUGGCCAAGGAUCUGGAGAAGGGUUACAAGAGCAACGUCAAGAAGACCGAUACCGACUUUGAGUUCUACAAGUAA